UUAAAAUCAUAGGAAUAUACUCUCCUCCCAUCGCUUCGGCCGGUUUGGCUUAGGUGGUAGCCACCUUUCUGAGCGACUGUAAACAGUGACAUGUAACAGUCACGGUAAGUCUACCACCUGUACGUUUCCUUUAAGUGCCAGCGGGUUUCCAGUUAUAAUUAAAUUUCAACCUGCAACCUGCAAAAUAUACCUGCCGUUUGUACAAGGAAAAACCGAGGGUACGCCUCCCAGUUUCAAUAAGUGUACUCAGUUUAAAAUCACUUGGCAAGAACUGCUCGGAACAACAAAAAUUAUUUCCUACCGAAGUAAAAUAGGCAUCUUCCCUUUUUAUAAGUAUUUCCCACUUUUUCUUCUUUGUUUAUCUGGCUUAUCCGAAGGAAACUCAGUAGUGGAAAUGAUAUUUCAGGUCGGGUUUUGCUUCCAUUAUUAGAGUUUGCAGCCGCACAACACUUGUGUCCAACUCUUUUCCUUUUCUUUACCACAUUUGCUCCAGACAAGUACCUCUAACCUACAUACAUUCGAAUUUUUUCGUUCUUCCCCAACAUCUCGCCCGCCAUUUUCAAAGCUCGAGUCAUAAGCCUCCAGAUUGCGAGCCAGCGUUCAUCACAGCGGUUUCCCUAUCUGCUCAUGUACAGAGCAGCCUACUGGCAGCCUACAGAGCGUUCGUUUAGUCAACAAGUCAGGCAACGCGACGGUCCUUACGCUAUUACAAAUCUUACAAAUUUAAUGGAACCAGACUGUCUCACCCCAGCCGAAGUAGAGGAAUAUUUAGCUCGUAUUCAUUAUACAGGUCCCAUAGAACCAACUAUCGAUGCUUUGUCCGAACUUCAUCGGUGUCACAUGCUGUCAGUGCCCUUUGAAAACUUGAGCGUGUUUGGAAAGGAGAAAAUAGUUCUCUCUAAGGAUUGGUUGUUCGACAAAGUCGUCAGAAGACACCGCGGUGGAUUUUGCUGUGAGCUCAACAUGAUAUUCUCUCUUCUGCUCAAUUAUUUUGGAUUUAAACACGAGAAACAUGCUGGGAUGGUGUUCAGCCGAAAAACAGGACGUCUAGGUCCGUCAUUUGAUCAUAUGAUUCUCACGGUCGAAAUUGAAGACUGUACCUGGUUGAGCGAUGUUGCAUUUGGCGAUUCUUACAUCACGCCUCUUCGUUUCAGCGGCUCGGCAGAUCCUCAAGUACAACAGAGUGGGGUUUAUCGAAUACGAAGAGAUGGUGAUGAUUAUUUCGUCGAAGACAGAAUUAAAAUCAUUGUCGAUAACUCUGGUCGCGAAGAAGUGGCAAAGGAAACGUUUACCACCGAUGCUGAGUGGACCCCAAGAUACAAAUUUGAUGUCAUUCCGAGAACGGCAGACGACUUCCAUGAAAGGUUACUCUAUCAUCAAACACACCCAGAGUCGCUAUUCACCCACGAUCGCAUUUGCACGAUAGCAAUGCCCUGGGGAAGAGUAACUCUUGCUGGAAGCAAAGUGGUAACUUCAACAUAUCUGGGAGACAACAAAGUCAGGAAAGAGACCAAGGCACUUCAGGGUGGAGAGGAAGAAAUAGUAAAGGAACUUGAACAGAAAUUUGGGAUUAGAAGAGAGGCUUGUUUCUAUCCUGAAGGAUCUGUGUUUUACGGAGUAGACUGGAGCAAAGAAACUUUGUAGGAUAAACAAGUCUGUACCACAGGGCUAUUCAAUUCAGUUCAGUUUAAACUCCCACAAACAUUAAUUUUACACAAGUGUCAGAAAAAAUAGAAUACAUACAAAUGUACACAAAUAACAUAUAGAAUAUGAUAAAUAGCAUUAAUGAAAUAAUUUACAGUUGUGAUUAAAAUAUAAAGUGUUAAAGAGAGAAAGAAAAGGAGAUAAAGGAAGACAAAUAGUUUUAAUACAAGGUUGAUUGUGUGGAGUUUGGGACACCUAAAUAGUUUAUAUAUGGAACUAAUCGAGUAGGUGCCCCAAAGUAACUAAAUUUAGCAGAGGGAAUACAAUGUUAAAUAAACAAUUUAGGUUAAAAGUAUUUCUUCAAGAUCUAACUACAUAAGAAAUUAAUUACAUUUCAACUUAAGAACUAGUAAUAUUAUUAUAACUGUCAAUAAUUUUCUUUUAUAGUUUUACGAAAUCUAGAAAAUGGAGUAAUUUGCCUGAUAGUAAUUGGUAGUGAAUUCCAGAGGCUGGAACCAGUGUAAUGAAGAGAGCAAAUACCAUAUUGGGUAGUUUGAACUGAUUAAUAUUUUUAUAACCAAAUUUUUGUUCAGUGACUGACGUGUAAAAUAUUCAUGUCAAGAAGAUAUCGGUUUGAAAAACUAAAAAAACAACAUGAAGGAGUUAGUUAGGGCCAUUCUCCCCUGCAGUCAGUAUAGGACUAUCCAACCCCUCCUUUUCCAGUUGAUGAGAUAACUUUUUCUAAAGGGGCUACAAAACUCAUGACAGGGCUGCUCUGUCAGUAUCAACUGAUCCUUGUAAUAUUUUUGAUUGAAUAUGGAGGACAAAUGGCCUCCCCACCCCAUACUGCAGAGCUGGUUUAUUUCUGAUAGUGGGUAAAUUUCGGCUUAGCACAUCAACAGCUAGGGAGGAAGAAUGGAAUAAAUUGGAAUGGCCCAAAAAAUUCCCCCAUUUGGUCCUUCAAUUGAGGGAGAGGGAAUUAUGGUUGGUGCAGUAAGCAAGGGUGGAGUGAAAUUCUGGCAUACUGAUCAUUUACUGGUACUCUCGCUGGUUUCAGUAGCAUCUACUGGCUACCAGAAUUGUUAAUGGCAUAUUAAUUUUACUAGCGGUAAUCAAAGAUUACGAGAAUGCCUUCAUUCUUAAAAUAGCUUGAAUGAUUUCAUUAGCUGACUUUCAACUACAGUCUGUUACUAAAAUCAACAUUUUUAUAUGAACAACCGACAUUUUACAUACAGAUAUAACGUAAUAUGACAAUGUCCAGUAUUUUCGUCCUGUGUUUAUGGUUGGCAGGUAGAGGUCCCCUCCAUAAGCUACGAUUUCUUGAUACAUUGCGUGACAGCGUCAGUUUCAGUACAGCCACUGAAACAUAGCUGUUCCCACGAUUAAUGUCCCAAAGCUAAGGCGAUUCAACUUGGUUAUUUAACGUUGUUUUGCAGAGGACGGCAGUACGAAAUCUACAAAGAUUUAUAACGCACGUGCAUAGCCAUUGUUCUGCUCAUUAAUCCUUUUAUUCGGUGACGUCUCGUUGCCGUUGUCGUCUUAGAUCUUCGAUCUUGCCAUGACAGGAGUCACAACUUGCCAAAUCAUCCACAGUAAAUGCACUGACGUUAUAGUGUUGAUGAAGAACGAAAAUAAGAUGACGUGAUCAAGUGGACCCUAGUGGUUAGGGUGCUGCAUUGGUUAUCAGUAAUUUCGACGUUACUAGUUCGAAUCUUCUU